AUGUGGACCCUUGCGCCUAACACACAGAAAUGUUUGAAGGAGGAACUGCAUGCUAACGUGCUGGUUGCUGGAGAAUAUGAUGUUCCAGAAGUUGCCGGACAGAGGGUCGAUUAUAUUAUCCGUGAUUCAAAAGACCACAUAUUGUCACAGAGAGAUAGUAUAACUAGAGGAAAAUUCACAUUUGUAACAGAAACAUAUGACACGUUUGAAGUGUGUUUUAUUUCAAAAGUACCUCAUGAACGCCGUGGAGUUAGUCAAGAUGUGAUGUUGGACAUCAAAAUCGGAAUAGAAGCUAAGAAUUAUGAAGGUAUUGGUGAGGCUGCAAAACUAAAGCCUAUGGAACUUGAACUUAAAAGAUUAGAAGAUUUAUCAGAAGCUAUUGUUCAAGACUUUACACUAAUGAGAAAGAGAGAAGAGGAAAUGAGGGACACCAAUGAGUCCACCAACAACCGUGUCUUAUUCUUCAGCUUAUUCUCCAUGGCAUGUCUCCUGGGUCUUGCCACGUGGCAGGUCCUCUACCUUCGCCGGUAUUUCAAGGCCAAAAAACUUAUUGAAUAA